AAAAAAACACUAGGCCUUACCCAGCAAAGAAGCUAGCUCGUCAAAACUGUCCAACAAAUCAAUCCAUUCUGCGCCGUAGAGGUGUCAGUUUUUAGGCCUAGAGACUAGAAUUGUUUUACAGAAGUGUUGAUAAAGGUUCCUCUGAAUUUUCCAAUUUACAGCUGGUGGUGUUUUAUACAUUUCGUUGUUGAUUUUGUUUUUAUAAUGAAUAGGUCUACUAGGAUUUCAAGAAAGAGGAAAAGAGGUUGUUCAUCAGAUGUAGUUGGCAGUACAUCAACAACAGACAUCAACACAAGUAUCGUAGAUUUAUCUAAUGACGUUGACGAUGAACCCGACUCGACAGGAGUUUCAGAGCAAGUAGUGAUAGAUUUAACAAUGGAAUCACCAUUAUCAAGUUCUGUGCCAUCUCCAGAGGUUGUUGACUUAACACAGCUGUCAGGUUCAACACAUCACCAUUCAUCAAGACGACGAAGGUCGUAUAAAAGGGGCAGAAAAAGGGAAAAUCGACCUCCGUUGAUGCACCAUAGUACACAUAUCAAUGCUAUAUCCUUCAUUAGUGAUGAUAGCGACAGUGAGCUUGAGAUGCUGCAAAUCAUCGGUUCAUCCCCUACAUUAGCAGAAAGGACAGAAACAUUAAACACAUCUGCUGAAGAUGCCUUAUCACCGACAAUGCGCAAAGAAAUCGUAUGUCCCAUUUGUAUGGAAAGUGAGCGACAGAUAAAACGUAGACGACAGUUGGUAUCCACUGUGUGUGGUCAUAUAUUCUGCAAUAGUUGUAUCACAAACGCGGUCAAGACACAGCACAAAUGUCCCACAUGUAGGAAGAAAUUAACAUUAAAACAAUUUCAUCAAAUCUUCCUAUAAUAUGGUGGGUAGGAUACAUCAACUUUGAAAACAUGACUUAAAGUAGUUACAAAGAUAGGAUUUGAAAAUUAUCAAAACAGCGCCCUCUAUCAUUCAGUGCUGUAUUGUAUACAGCACUAUAUACAGUAGUGUAUAAUUAAUACUGUUUACUGUAAUAAUCAAGUUUGUUGUUAUACUGAUUGAGGUAUAGACAUAUAUAAAGUGUUGGCUCUGCAACACAUAUUCUGAUAUGUAAAAGCUCUUCAACAAUUUCCGGUGAAGACCAGUAUCUCCAUAAAACAAGAAAAAACUGGAAUUUUUGGGCAGUUUAAGCUGUCACGAAUAUAUUAGAAUGUUAUACCCAAAGAAUUUGAUUGUGUGUGAUUACUUCUUUUGUUUGGGACUUAGUUGUGUAAAUUGUUUAAGCCCCAUGCACUGGCCGAUGCCACCAGUUAAUAUACAGUGCACUGCUAUGGUGUAAUUGUUAUAUGUUUGGAGCGUGAAGCUAAACAGUGUAGUAAAAAGUAUAAUACUGUAGAAACAACACCCUAUUAUAUAGUAAAAUUUCAUACAAACUCAAAAAUUUAUUUAGAAAUUAUGUAAUGGCUUUAUUUAGUAGAGUUCUCUCUUACAGAUUGUAUAAUACUGUAUAAUAUUCUACAGAUCAAUAAGGAGUUUGCUAAUAAAUGGGACCAAAACCAGCAUUAGUAACUAAAAACAAGAAAAUUGACUUUUUAAUAUAUUCAGAUUCUCCAUAUUAUAAGCUUUAAAAUGAUGGUCAUUUACUGGAAUGUACAUGCUAUUGCCAAAGUUAUGAGUAAAAGUAUUAUAUGGCUUCUCUGUACUGAAGUAUACAAUACUGCCACAUUUUUAUGGACUUGUAAAAAAGCAUAUUAAUGGAAAUACUGUACGUAUGUUAGUAUGUAUGUCUAUACAAGCUUGUCAGUUGGUACAGAAUAUGCAUGAAGAACGCAUUUAUAGUAAGAAACUCAAAAUUAUUUGCUGCGUGUUACUAGCCACUCACCUUAAGAAUAGUAGGGGUGGAUCCAGAGAUGUCCAAAAAGGGGUGGGGCCAAAAAUGGGGCUGAUCAAGGCAACACUGCCCUAGGGAAGUCUUUGUUUUCUAGAUGCCCGAAAAUAACCUCUAAAGCAUUUUAGGUGAUCAAUUUUUUUUUUUUUUGACUUUCCAAAAGGGAGUCCGACCCGUCC